AUGCAAUACAAGAAAACUUUAGCAACUGCUGCUUUGGCCUCUGGUGCCUUGGCUGCUUAUGUUCCUAGCGAGCCAUGGUCUACUUUGACCCCGUCUGCCACCUACUCCAACGGUAUCACUGAUUACAGCGCGAGCUUUGGAAUCGCUGUGAAGCCGUUCGCAACUUCUAGCAUCGCCAAGAGGGACGCCGUCUCUCAGAUCGGUGACGGUCAGAUUCAAGCUACUACUGCUACUACCGCCGCUGCCGUCUCCCAAAUCGGCGAUGGUCAAAUCCAGGCUACCACUGCCCCAGCUGUAUCUCAGAUCGGUGACGGUCAGAUCCAAGCUACCACUGCCGCUGCCGUCUCGCAAAUUGGCGAUGGUCAAAUCCAGGCUACUACUGCUACUACUACCGCCGCUGCCGUCUCCCAAAUCGGUGACGGUCAAAUUCAAGCUACUACUGCCCCAGCCGUCUCUCAAAUUGGCGAUGGCCAAAUCCAGGCCACUACCGCUGCAGCUGUCUCUCAAAUUGGUGACGGUCAAAUUCAAGCUACCACCGCUACUACUGCUGCAGCAGUCUCUCAAAUCGGCGAUGGCCAGAUCCAGGCUACUACUGCCACCACCAACGCUGUCUCCCAAAUCGGUGACGGUCAAAUUCAAGCUACUACCGCUACUACCAAUGCUGCAUCUCAGAUUGGCGAUGGUCAAGUCCAAGCUACCACCACUACCAGCGGCGCUUCUCAGGUGAGCGACGGUCAAGUCCAAGCCACUGGUUCUUCAAGCAGCAGCUCCAACGCUGUCAAGGCUGUCUCUUGCAAGAACGAUGGCACCUUACAAAUGACUCUAAAGGGCGGUAUCUUGACUGACGGCAAGGGUAGAAUCGGUUCCAUCGUUGCAAACAGACAAUUCCAGUUCGAUGGUCCACCACCACAAGCUGGUGCUAUCUACGCCGCCGGCUGGUCCAUCACCCCAGCUGGAAACUUGGCUAUCGGUGACGAAGACACCUUCUACCAAUGUUUGUCCGGUAACUUCUACAACUUGUACGACCAAAGUCUAGGCGAGCAAUGUCAUCCAGUCCACCUAGAGGUCAUCAAUCUAGUCGACUGUUAA